AUGGAGCGCAAAUUGGUGAAGGAGAAUCCUACGGCUAAGAGCAUCGUCAACCAGCACAAGAAGUACAGCACUGAACAAGCCUCCGUGAAGAACUUUGAGAACCCCACCCUCAGCCUGCUUGCUAACCUGCACUGUGCACCAGACGACCGCGGCGAGUCGAAGGUGCAGCUCACCGGACGGCACGACGUCGACCAGGGCUGGCUGAAGGACGUGCGCAACGUUGUGGAGAACGCAACCGCUCCGCUCAUUGUACCGCGGUUCAUGUUCCACGGCUGGCUGCUCGAAGACUACCAGCAUCUCUUCGCCGAGCAGACCCUCAUCAACCAACUCAUCGCCCUGCUCGUCAGGGAAGCCCAAAACUUCGAUGGUCUUGUGUUGGAGCACAACUUCGUGCUCAACACUCAGAUCUCGCCGUUCAUCAUCGGCCUGGCCAACGAGUUGCAUGAGCUGAACAAGAAGAUCAUUCUGGUCAUUCCGUACAUUGACGGAUUCUCACUCAUGACCUACGACUAUUCCAACCCGCAACGGCCUGGCCCGACCGCGCCGCUGUCGUGGGUGACGCAAAACGUGCUCCGACUGCUGCCACCGGACCACCGGACCAGCGGCAACCAGCUGGGCCACAAGAUCCUCAUGGGCAUCAAUUUCUACGGCUACGAGAAUGCAGAGGCCGUCAUCGGGUCGCGCUACAUCAAGAUGCUGACUUCCUACAAGCCCAAGCUUGUGUGGCACGCUGCGCACCAUGAGCACUCCUUCACUUACAAGAAGGGCGAGGAGGAGCACACUGUCUUCUACCCAACGCUCAAGUCGGUACACGACAAGUUGGAGCUGGCGCGAAGCUUGGGUGUGGGCAUCUCGAUAUGGGAGAUCGGUCAGGGCCUCGACUACUUCUACGACCUGCUCUGA